AUGAGUAAUUCUACUACAUCACCUCCUAUUCAAUUUUUUAAAGAAGCAUUAUUUCAUGAAUGUUCAAUUAAAUUAAAUGAUGGAACAAUAUUCAAAGGGAAAAUGACAUUAAUUGAUGGGUUAAUGAAUAUUGUUCUUGAAAAUGCAAUAGAAUAUAUUAAUGGAAAUAAAGACAAUGAAUAUCCAGAAUGUUUUAUUAGAGGAAACAAUAGUUUGUGUUAUUAA